AAGAAGAAAGCCGGAGCUUGUGACGUCUAUGAAAACAUUGGCAAAAUGGCAGCGACCAUGAGCAACGUGGAUGAAAUUCGGGAUAGAGUGAUAUUAGGUGAAUUUGAUGUAAAAAAUGUUCAUACAACCGAUUACCCUGGCAAUUAUCCAGGCUACGAUGACACAUGGAGCUUGCAGAAAUUCCAAAAGAAUUUCAGAAUCGACGUGGUGCAAAUGGAUGAGACUUCUCUGGAGUUCGACAUGGUGGGCAUAGAUGCAGCUAUCGCCAAUGCCUUUCGACGGAUAUUACUCGCAGAGGUCCCCACUAUGGCUGUCGAGAAGGUGUUUAUUUACAACAACACAUCCAUAAUUCAGGAUGAGAUCCUUGCCCACAGGCUGGGCUUGAUCCCUAUCAAGGCUGACCCACGAUUGUUUGAGUACAGAAACGCAGGGGACGAGGAAGGCACAGAAAUCGACACAAUUCAACUUCAACUGAAGAUCAAAUGCACCAGGAACCCCAGAGCCACCAAAGACUCUGCUGACCCCCGGGAACUUUACCUGAACCACAUGGUGUACUCCAAGGACAUGAAGUGGGUCCCUAUUGGGAACCAAGCUGAUGUGUUUGCAGAUAUCAACAUCGGUCCAGUACAUGGGGACAUCCUUCUGGCACAGCUCCGGCCUGGACAGGAGCUGGAUAUAGUCAUGCACUGUGUGAAAGGCAUUGGUCAAGACCACGCCAAGUUUUCACCUGUGGCUACAGCCAGUUACAGACUCCUUCCUGAGAUCACACUAAUGGAAACAGUGGAGGGGGAGAAAGCGGAGAGACUAAAACGCUGCUUCUCCCCUGGAGUUAUUGAGGUGGAGAACAAUGGGGGAAAGGUUGUUGCCAAGUUGGUGAACAGUCGCUUAGAUACCUGCAGUAGGGAGGUUCUCCGACAUGACGACCUCAAGAACACUGUGAAGCUUGCAAGAGUGCGGGACCAUUUCAUCUUUUCUGUAGAAUCCACUGGCAUCCUGGCACCUGAUGUCCUGGUCACAGAGGCCAUCAAAGUUCUCAUGACCAAGUGUCGAAGAUUCCUCACUGAGCUCGACUCCACGGAGAUGGAAUAAGAGCAAUUAAGUUGGACCAAAUGUAAAUACUCAAUACAGGGGUUAGACAUGUCUUGAGCCUGUGUGCAACAUGCUUUGGACCAGGAAUGGGCAACUCCAGUCCUUUGGGCCUGAUUGGUGUCACUUUUGUCCCAGCCCCAGCUAACACCUGACUCCAAU